AUGGUGAACAACGAGAAGGAGACGACGAUGAUCGAGUCGAAUGCGGUGUAUUGCGAGUUGAGCGAGGCGGCCGAGCCGAGACGACGCGCCGGUUUGGAUUUGAGCGGGAUCUCGUACACGACGAACGUCGGAUGCCUUUCGGCGAAUCUGUGGAUCCUGAUACUCGGCAUCGCCAGCAUCGUGCUCUACGUGUGUUCGGCGUUCCUCAUCGCGACACUCAACACGUACAACGCGCUCAAGAUCAUCGCCUCGAUUUGCGGAUUCGUGACAUUCUGCGUUGCCGAAUUGCGCGGCAUCAUCUUCUACAUCAUAAUGUUUGUGAUUUGGUUCAUCAUUGCGGUCCUCGAUGUGCUCAUGCUCACCUACAAUUUGCUCGAUUUUCGGCAUAAAGAGCGACGCGACGCCGCCAACUUCGUCGAGAACGUCGUCGCCGUGCUCGUCUUCUGCAUCUCCGUGCUGCCCAUCGACGUCUUCUUCACGAUUCUCUAUUAUCGUCUUUAUCGAGGUGUCGAUCAAAAUUGA